UAGAAGUAGAUUAGUAGCUACUGGGGGCUGAGAGAUAGGGGUAAGAGAAACAAGUGCUAAUGAGAUGAGAUUUUUUUUAAAAAGUUUUUUUAGUUAUUGACAGACCUUUAUCUUAUUUGUUUAUACACAAUGCUGAGAAUCGAACCCAGUACCUCACACGUGCCAGGAAAGUGCGCUACUGCUGAGCCCCAGCCCCAGCCUCGAGAUGAGAUUUCUUUGAGGGCUGAGAAAAAUGCUCAGGAAUCAGAUUGUGGUGAUGGUUGUGAGUGCUCUAAAAGCUGAGUUGUGGACCUUAAAAUGCUACGUAACAAAACUGGCUGCAGUGGUACACACGUGUAAUCCCAGCGACUCCGGAGGCUGAAGCUGGAGGAUCACACACUCAAGGCCAGCCUUAGCAACUUACUGAAUCCUGUCUCAAAACAAAACAAAACAAAAAGCAGGACAUGAUGUAGCUCAGUGGUAGAAUAUUCCUGGGUUUAUUCACUAGGACUGAUGGGAGGUAGCCGUGAAAAAACCUAAAAGGACCAAUAAUUGUAGGAAAAAAAAUUAAGUUAUCAAAGACUUUGUCCCAAUAGAGGCUCUUUUGCCAGAUAGGCUCUAAAGAAACAAAAAUUCAUUUGCUCCAUUUAUGUUCUCUUUCCAGAGCAUAAAAGAUGGAAAUCUGUCAGAUUCAUCUUGAGAAAAUAGUGUGUUUCUAAUAUCAAACCUUCACAAAGUUAUUGAAAAGAAUCUUGCAUGUGAGUGCAGGGCCAAGAGCCCACAGUGACAUCUGAAGCACUUUGUGUGGCCUGUGCCUGAUUGCUAUUACUUCUGAUGAAGCUGGGGUUUAAAAAGUGAGAAUGUUUACACAAAAUUUUUGGCUCCUCCAGAAAAAAGAAAAGGUGUGAUAUUGCAGUGCCCAUCUCCUCUGCAGGGACCAUGGGCUGAAGUGGAAUGGGGCUGUGCGGGCCUGGAUCUUUGCCCUCCCCGUUUCCCUGGGCCUCCCUGUUUCCCUGGGCUCCCCACUUCCCUCGUCUCCUUUAUGCUAUGGCUUAGUGUCAUUUGCCAUUUUAAACAAUCAUUUUUGUAAAGAAACAUCUAAUCAUGUUCCAGAUCUUUUGAAGAGGAGAAAAUGGAAGAACAAAUACGGAGAAGGUGUAUUUUAGUGGUUGCCUUACUGUGAGGCUGGGGUAAUCAGACAGUGUGGGAUUGGCAUAAGGAUGGACAAUAGAUCAGUGGAUCACAAGGGGAAAACCCACACAAAACUCACAAAUUUGCUAUUUGACAGACACCAAGACAACUCAGUGGAGAAGAUGGGAUCUGGGUGUUCCAGAGCACAUGGAGACCAGCUUCACAGCUCUGGUCGACUUCCAAGGCCUUCAUCCACGCAGGCUCCCUGCAGAGCUCUGGAGGCCCCGAGACCCCCAGAACAGCCCCUGCUCAGCCACCUGGUGUGGCUGCUCGGCGAGACGUCCCGAGGGCCAUGGUGCUCAGUGGAGGCAGCAGCAGGCUAUUCCGCUGCACAGAAUGAAGUCACUGGUCCAAAGACAACGAGUGGCCCAGAGCGGGGCUCACUGACCGUGCAGUGUAAUUAUACCUCAGGCUGGAAGACCCACAAGAAGUACUGGUGUCGAGGAGCUGUUUGGAGGGGCUGCAAAACCCUUGUUAAAACCACUGGGUCAGAGCAGGAGGUGAAGAAAGACCGUGUGUCCAUCAGGGAUGAUCAGGAAAACCUCACGUUCAUGGUGACCAUGGAGGACCUCAGGAGAGAUGAUGCUGACAUUUACUGGUGUGCAAUUGAGAGGUCUGGAUAUGACCUUAAGUUUCCAGUUGAUGUGACCAUUGAUCCAGAGAUCGGGGGAUAUGAGCGGUUCAGGAUCCAGCCCUUCCACCCAGGCAUCUCCAGCAAGGGGGGCCACGCUAUCUGCAGGCUCAGAGCCAGGGGCAAGGCUGGGGGCUGGCAGGAGGAGUAGUGUGUGAUCUGUUUGUAUGUCAAGCACCAACUACAGCGUCCCCAACUACAACAGUCCCCAACACCUCCACCUCCACCACCAACAUGUCUACAGCACCAGUCGUCGAGGAAAAGACCACCUGCCUCU